UGGAACUCUUCCACUGUAGCAGACAAGUACCAGCUCGGCCUUUUGCUUUCUUCCUUCUCCGGCCUUCAAUCUCACCAAUUUGUUCGUCUUCACGCCCAUGACUAUUGAGAUGAUGAAGCAGAGGCAUAUAAGGUAGAGAGGGAAACCAAAAUCAGAAGUCCACGAUUUUGCACCAAACUCAAUCCAUGGCUGCCUCAUCCUCUCUCUGCAACUUCCUCUCCUUCCUCACACCCUCAAAGCCCCCAUCACAAGCCAAACCCCCACCACCCCAUCUCCAUCUCUCCCAAACCCAGAAGCCCAGAGACGCCUUCGUCCCUCUAGUCGCCCAACCUGGUCCUUAUUUCUCUUCUUCCUCUUCGGAAUUGGAGUCCGUCAUGAACGCCUCUCUGGCUUAUGCCAACACUCUCUUCUUCAAGUCGGCUUACAAUGGCCAAGUCAUCGUCGACGAGGGCGAGUCCGAGGAGCGCUUGCUCAACCGGUUCCGGCGAGAGGUGAUGAGAGCUGGCGUCAUCCAGGAGGUUAAGCGGAGGAGGUAUUUCCAGAACACACAAGAUUAGAAGAAGCUACAGUGGAAGAGUUCCAUAAAAGGCAGCUGUUAACGGUGUUAAGAAUAGAUUUGUUAAAGUAACAAGUGUCAUAAAUUGAAUGGGUCACAGGGAUGGAGACAGGAAAAUUAGGGACAGAGGAUUUGCUGCCGAGACUGACUGUACUAGAAUCUUUUCUCUGUAAUUUUUUUUUUAAAUAAAUAAAUUGUAUAGUCCAAUAUA